AUGUUUUCUCCCCCUGAUCUGGGAGUGCUCGCGGCAGCAUUUCAUCCCAACGGACUGAGCAACACCAAUAACACGUCUGCCAACGGUCGAUUUCCCCAGACAGCCAAUUCCGAUGAGGCCGAUGGGAAUAACUUUAACAAUGGAUUUUGCAGUCGACAAUCGGCGUUUUCAUCUCCCGAAAAGGGUAUUCUAUCUCCACGGCAAAACUCCUACGUCGGCGUGACCGAUGCCUCCCGACGGGAAAGUUCCGCUGUUUCCCAUACGACCGGGCGCACUUUUGUGGCCAUGCUCGCUGAGCCGGUGACCCGUCUGGGCGGCUCGCUGACGAAAAAAUCGAACUGUCGCGUCCGUGAAUGCACGUACACACAGACCCUCCUCAACCUCCCCUACUCAAUCACCCACCCACCAAGCUGCACUCAAUAUGCGUCAGUCGAUUUGCUAUCCCUCGACGAUAUUAACACUACCACCGACAAUGGAGGUCCGAUGAUGUCAACGCGAAGUUCUCCUUCAACCUCAUCUACGACUUCACCUCCAAAUGCGUCUCAACCAGCUCCGAGAUUCCCCCCUUCUGCGAACAGCGCCAACGCCAACGCAGCUGCGGUUCUAGCAGCAGCGGCAGUGGCUGCCAGUCGCUACAGCCCAACGGCAUCGGCAGCUACUCCAAGUAGCCUUCAGGACGCUGCGGCAGUGUUUUCUGCAGCCUAUGCGGCAACGUCCUCGGCAGAGUUCGGCCCGACCGUGGCUUCUCCGGCGGCGGUGGCCAUGGCCGCGGCUGCAGCGGCCGCGGCGGUGGCUGCUUACCCGCCUGACUCAGGCUCAAGCAUAAUGAGCGUGCCCUCACCCAUCUUUCCCCCUCCUCCGAUGAGCAACGGAAAUCACCAACAGCAGCGCUUGUCGCCGUCGCCAUCUCAACCGUCAGGAAGCAGUGGCGGUGAGGGGACCUGCAAACCCGACUUUGCGAAUGCCUCGGACUUCUUCGAGGCGUUCGCGAGGUCUGCCGGGGGCAAUGUAGGCGGAUGGCGCGGCCAACUGACCCCCAGACCGGAACGAAGGGGCAUUCCGUCGACUGAGGCUUUGCUCGAGUGCUAUCGGGCUCAACUACCGUAA